CAUGAAGCUCUCUAUGCACUGUUGUAGUGCUAAUCAGAGAGUACAUGAAGUUUGGAGGGCUUUAGUUUAUCAACUCUGCAGACAGGUAGCAACUUCUGCACACUUCAGCUUCAUGGCUGAGUUCUUGUUGUUCCCAGUUGCUUCCAUUUUGUUCAAUUUUGUUACAAUACCACUAACAGUUGACCGUGGAAUAUUUAGUAGCAAGGAAAUUUCAUUGCUGGACUUAUUGCACAGGUGGCAACCUAUCACGGUACCACACUUAAAUUCACUAAGCUCCUGAGAGCGACCCAU